CUCCAUAAGGCGGUGUGGCAGCUACAACAACAACAAGCACGACGACGACGGCAGCGACAAAACAAACGCGCAGCAGACGCCACCAGAAGCUGAAGAGAACUGAACUGAGAGCUGAGCAGACAUAGUGGCAGCGGCAGCAGCAGCGGCAGCAGCAGCAGCAGCCAAUUGCCAGCGAUUCGCCCGUAAAAAAGCGAACUAGUUCCGCGCACCCACUCUGCCAUUCACAAUGGACAGCAGUCACCGUCGCGCUUGUGUAACGUACGUUACAACUUUUGUUCUGCUUUCUGCUUUCUUUUACUAUCUAAUGGCGGACAAUAGUAAUAAUAAUAAGGGAAUCACGCGGCUGCGCGAAGAUGUGGAUGAUAUAUCACACAUGCUCCGUGAGCAACAAAGGCAAGGCUGCUCCUCAAACAAACAGCAAUCUCUCAACAAGUUCAGUUGCCUGGCCGGAGAUUCGACUAAUGCCGCUGAAGCUGGAAAAUGCGAGGACUCUAAUGCCAUGAAUGCCUAUGUGGACGCUUUGGUAAAGCGAAAAAUCGGCAACCUUAUGGACGAUGUGUACAAUUUGAAGAAACAGAUUAUGGGUUCCGGAUGUGGAUUUUAUGGUGGUGGUAUAAGUUCGUCGAAGGCCAGCGAAGCAGUGACCACAGGCAAAAACCGCAUCAACUACGCUGCAGAGGAACUGGGAGCGCGGAUUUCAAAGGUACAGGCGCGCCCCAUUGGUGGCACUAAUCUGUUUAAGUCGCUGCUCGGCCUGGACUUCAGCUCGAACCCGCCAGUGAAUAUGUUGCGACCAAGCUUAGCCCCCGGCGCUUGCUUUGGCUAUAGCGGCACCAAAGCAACUGCAAUGCUGCAUCUGGCCAAACCCAUUAUUGUGGAGGCAAUAGCACUCACGCAUGUUGCCAAAGAAAUGACGCCCAGUCUCUGUGUGCAGAGCGCUCCCAAGGAUUUUGAGGUUCACGGCAUAGCUCUCAGUAAUCAGAAACCUAAGCUGUUGGGCAAGUGGAAAUAUGAUAAUUCGCCAAACAAACGGACCCAGAGCUACACAGUGCAUUGUAAGUGCUUCUACAGGGAACUAGAGUUUAUCUUCAACUCUAAUCACGGCGCCAAUAUGACCUGCAUUUAUCGUGUCGAGGUAUUUGGGCGACUUCAAUAAAGUUGUUUGCAAUUUUGUUUUUAUUUGAAAUUGUUUGUUACUACUCGUGACUGUCCUUGUUAAACAUUUAAAUUGCAUGUUUGUUUUUAUAAAGAUGAAAAUCCGUUAAAAUAAAUACCAAAAUAUUGUUGUUGUGUCUACGCCGUGUCUGGCAACGUACCAUUAUGUUGACUGUGUGACCGUGAACACAAUUUGGUUCAUCUCUGCGAAAGCCGU